AUGCCGCUCUACGAGAUGCUCUGCAUCACAACACAUGUUCCACAAUACCAGCCUAUACGGGAACUUGUUCGUCAGUCCGCAAUGCACGUCAUGAACUCUGGAGGCGUUGUUCGUAACAUCAACUCUUGGGGCACACGGACCCUACCACAGCGCAUGAAGCGUCAUGGCAGACCGCAAAACGUUGGAGAUUACUGGACAAUGCACUUCGACGCCAGCCCGACAACGCUCAAGUCCCUGAACGGAGUCAUGCGACGAGACCCUCGUGUGUUACGGUGGACGGUGCUAAAACUCGCGGAUAAAGUGGAGGACAUGGCGCAACACGGCAGAAGGAUCAAACCCAACAGCAGCCUACAGGAUAUCAUCGACUAA